AGUUUUAGAAGUAGAAGGGACUUUACUCAAAUUAUCUCAUAUUUAGUGUAAAUGCCUUAGUAUUCUAGUAAGUUAUUGCCUAAAAAAGUGCGAUGAGUUGAAAGGAAGCCUGUCCUGCAGCUUAACAGAGAGAUGAGAACAUAGAGAACCAGUGGUCGCGUCUAACAAGGUGUCUUGGGGAGCUGAGCUCAGUUUCUCGAGUCCUAGUCCGAGGUAAGUAACGUUCUAAAUAAAUUUAGGAAUGAGAAAGUAGCAGGAGUUCUACUGGUGUCUUUUUUUUUUUUUUUUUUUUUUUGGGUAAGCACAAGUACUUCUGAAACGAGAAAAUUCUUUUCGCUGGUCUUAGUGCAGGUGUUACAAUUAGAUAUUGCACCUUCAAGCGCUAACUAUAUGAAGUAGGCUCAACACCUCCAGUAAAACCAACCAGUCAUGACAUUCAAACCGUGACAAAGGAGUCCAAAGACUAGCUCUGGUUUUGCAUUUUGGCCAAUGCUCCCCCUCCAAGAGUUUCUUUCCUUAGGGGGCUGAGUCUUUUCAUCCCCAAUCCCGGCCAAGAGUCAAAACCCUGUUCCUUGGCUGGCCAGCGGGUGAUGACACAUAGAGGUCGGUCCACAUUCUCUCAAGGGCUGAACCGUUAAGUUAUAAACGGCCAUGUGACAGCCAUUCACCUUCCACUUGGGGCACUCACACCCGGGGCAGCCUGUACACUACGUCCCUCGCCAACAGCUUUCCUAGUAGUGCUCAAAUAGCAGAGCUGAGAGUCAACAGUCCACCCUCGGGCUUCAACUCUAGCUUCAACCUGUCUCCAGGAUAGGCAGGGGCCCCUUCCCAGCCCGGGCUUCCCCUCAGUGCCCCUUGGUCGACUGCAGCAGCCUCGGCGUUCUCUCCCCAGGGUAGCUGCCCACGUUGUGCCGGCAGGAGGUAGGCGGCCGCGGAGAGUGCAGAGAGGUGCUAACACGGUAGGAGCCAGGCGGAGCACUGGAAGCCGAGAGGCGGGGAAGAAGGCGUGUCGCCGGGCUCCAGUUUCCGGAAGGCGAGCCGGUUCGCUUUGGCGCUUUUAGCCGGCAGCAGACUGUGGGGGGGCUGAACAGCUAUUCAGUCGAGCUAGCAUCGCAGGUCGCCCCGGUCAAGGCCGGUAACGGCCGCAGGAGGGAGGGCGGCGGCGGCGGUGGUGCGAGUGUCUUCUGGCAAGGCGCGCAGGAACGCGGGAGUAGUCAAGAUGCAGCCCGUGUUCCAGAAUGCCAAAUCCAACCCUUUGCAAAACGCGAAUCUUUGCUCCCGCAUAUUCUUUUGGUGGCUAAAUCCCUUAUUUCAAAUUGGUCAUCAACGGAGAUUAGAAGAAGAUGAUAUGUAUUCAGUGCUUCCUGAGGAUCGUUCAGAAGUGCUUGGAGAACAGUUGCAAGGGUACUGGGAUAAAGAAGUUUUAAAAGCAGAAAAAGAAGCCAGAAAGCCCUCUUUAACCAAAGCAAUUAUAAAGUGUUACUGGAAAUCCUAUUUAAUUUUGGGCCUUUUUACACUGUUUGAGGAAAGCACCAAAGUAGUGCAGCCAAUAUUUUUGGGGAAAAUUAUUGAAUUUUUUGAACAGUAUGAUCCCCAUGACACUGUAGCUUUGAAUUGGGCCUACGGCUAUGCUGCUGCACUGUCUUUCUGUACACUCUUCUUGGCCAUACUUCACCACCUAUAUUUUUAUCAUGUACAGUGUGCAGGAAUGAAACUUCGAGUAGCCAUGUGCCAUAUGAUUUAUCGGAAGGCCCUUCGUCUUAGUAAUACAGCCAUGGUAAAGACAACUACAGGUCAGAUUGUGAACCUUCUCUCCAAUGAUGUGAACAAAUUUGAUCAGGUGACAAUCUUCUUGCACUUUUUAUGGGCUGGUCCAAUUCAGGCCAUCGCUGUAACUGCCCUUCUGUGGCUAGAAAUCGGAGUGUCAUGCCUUGCAGGAAUGGCAGUCCUGCUGAUCCUCCUGCCUUUACAAAGCUGCUUUGGGAAGCUCUUUUCCUCCUUAAGGAGCCAGACUGCUGCUUUCACAGACAUCAGAAUUAGAACCAUGAAUGAAGUUAUAAUGGGCAUAAGAAUAAUAAAAAUGUAUGCCUGGGAAAAGCCUUUUGCAGAUCUCAUUGCACAUCUCAGAAGGAAGGAAAUUUCCAAGAUUCUUAAAAGCUCCUAUCUCAGAGGGAUAAAUCUGGCCUCCUUCUUUGUUGCAAGCAAAAUAAUAGUAUUUGUGACUUUUACCACCUAUGUACUCCUUGGAAAUGUUAUCACAGCCAGUCGGGUGUUUGUUGCCGUGACAUUGUAUGGUGCAGUGAGAUUGACGGUUACACUGUUCUUUCCCGCGGCCAUCGAGAAAAUGUCCGAAGCUCGUAUCAGCAUAAAGAGAAUCAAGGAAUUCUUAAUACUUGAUGAAGUACACCCGUCUGGUAUACAACCACAAAAGGAUGAAAAAGCUCUGGUUCAUGUUCAAGACUUUACCAGUUAUUGGGAUAAGACAUUGGAAGUCCCAACUCUCCGAAACCUUUCCUUUACUGUCCGGCCAAGGGAAUUGUUGGCUGUGGUUGGACCUGUGGGAUCUGGCAAGUCUUCUCUUUUAUGUGCUGUGCUUGGUGAACUGCCACGGCAUGAGGGAUUGGUCACUGUAAAAGGAAGAAUUGCCUAUGUUUCUCAGCAACCCUGGGUAUUUUCAGGAACUGUUCGAAGUAAUAUUUUGUUUGGGAAAACCUAUGAAAAAGAAAGAUAUGACAAAGUGAUAAAGGCAUGUGCCUUGAAAAAGGAUUUAAAGCUUUUGGAAGAUGGUGACCUAACUCUGAUAGGUGACCGGGGCACUACACUAAGUGGAGGACAGAAAGCGCGAAUAAAUCUAGCAAGAGCAGUGUAUCAAGAUGCAGAUAUUUAUCUCCUUGAUGAUCCUCUCAGUGCAGUAGAUGGAGAAGUUGGAAGGCACUUAUUUGAACACUGUAUUUGCCAAACUUUGCAUGAGAAAGUCACGAUUUUGGUCACUCAUCAGUUACAGUACCUCCAAGCUGCAUCCCAGAUUCUGAUAUUAAAAGAAGGAAAAGUGGUGGAAAAGGGUACUUACACCGAGUUUCAAAAAUCUGGGGUAGAUUUUGGUUCCCUUUUAAAGAAAGAAAAUGAAGAAACAGAGCAAUCUCAAGUACCAGAAGUUCCCCUGCUGAGGAAUCGCUCCUUCUCAGAGUCUUCUAUGUGGUCCCAGCAUUCCUCUAAGCUUUCAUAUAGAGAAGGACCUGCUGAACAACAAGGAACUGAGGCCGUACCUGUUGGUGUAUCUGAAGAGAGCCGUUCUGAAGGACAUAUAGGUUUUAAGUCCUACCGGAAUUAUUUUGCAGCUGGAGCAAACUGCUUCAUCAUUGUUUUGCUUAUACUUCUAAACUUUUUGGCACAGGUUGCCUAUGUCCUCCAGGAUUGGUGGCUUUCUUACUGGGCAAAUGAACAGAGUAAAUUGAAUGUCACUGUAGACGGAAUCAAAGGAAAUGAAACCAGGAAGCUAGAUCUUAACUGGUAUUUAGGAACUUAUGCAGGAUUAACAGCAGUCACAGUUCUCUUUGGAAUAGUGAGAUGUCUCUUGGUAUUCUAUGUUCUCGUGAACGCUUCACAAACUUUGCACAACAAAAUGUUUGAGUCCAUUUUGAGAGCACCAGUAUUGUUCUUUGAUAGAAAUCCAAUUGGAAGAAUUUUAAAUCGCUUCUCUAAAGACAUUGGCCAUCUGGAUGACUUGCUGCCACUGACGUUUCUGGACUUCAUACAGACACUUCUCCAAGUGAUUGGCGUGGUAGCUGUGGCCAUGGCUGUGAUCCCAUGGAUUGCUCUCCCUUUAAUUCCACUUGCUAUAAUUUUCAUUUUUCUUCGAAGAUACUUUUUAGAAACAUCAAGAGAUGUGAAACGCCUGGAAUCUACAACUCGGAGCCCGGUAUUUUCCCACUUGUCGUCUUCACUUCAAGGGCUCUGGACCAUCCGGGCAUACAGAGCUGAGCAGAGGCUCCAGGAAUUAUUCGAUGCUCAUCAAGAUCUUCAUUCAGGUUUGUACAUCUUUGGGAACAUGCUUGAACCUGUUUUAUUCACGGGAACAAUGAGAAAAAAUUUGGAUCCUUUCGAUGAGUACACAGAUGAAGAAUUGUGGAAUGCCUUGAAAGAGGUACAACUUAAAGAAGCUAUAGAGGAUCUUCCAGGCAAAAUGGAUACUGAGUUGGCAGAAGCGGGGUCCAAUUUUAGCGUGGGCCAAAGACAGUUGGUUUGCCUUGCCCGAGCUAUUCUCAGAAAAAAUCGAAUAUUGAUUAUUGAUGAAGCAACAGCAAAUGUGGAUCCAAGAACGGAUGAAUUAAUACAGAAAACUAUUCGUGAGAAGUUUGAUCAGUGCACUGUGCUAACCAUUGCACACAGGUUAAAUACUAUUAUCGAUAGUGACAAGAUUAUGGUUUUGGAAGCAGGAAGACUGAAAGAAUAUGAUGAGCCCUAUGUUUUGCUCCAAAAUAACGAAAGCCUGUUUUAUAAGAUGGUGCAGCAAACGGGGAAGGCCGAAGCCGCCGUCCUCACCGAAAUAGCACAGCAGGUGUACUUCAGAAGGAAUUAUCCAGAAGUUACUCAGAAUGGCUACGUGGUUACGAACACUUCCAACGAGCGUCCCUCCCGUCCAGUUGUUUUCGAGACAGCACUGUGAUCUCUGCAGAAUGGGGACGUUAUGUCCAGAUCAUUAAGCUCUAAUGGGAUCCUCUUAGAGCAGAUGGACGUCUUUUAACAGUAGUUUUGCACUAUGUGACUAGAUUGUAUUUUUGUUAACUCUUAACAUAGAAGCAUAUAUUUAUGUACCAUAUGUUGUUAGUUUAUGUCAAUGUUUUCUGGUUUCAUCCAAUAAUUUUAAGUGCUAACAAAGCAAGA